CGCCGACUUAUGCUCCGCCCAUGGAGGUUCCCCGAGAAGAGACCGCCGAAGAAGCCUAUGCUAGAAGAGUCGCGUUGAGCGGCAUGCCGGUCGCUCCCUCUCCGCCUGUCACGCGUAUCGAACCACCUCCGCCGCCACCUGAGCCAGUCCAGAAACCAACGCCGAAGCUUCUAUCGGCGGAGGACGAGGAGAAGCGUGCUAAGGUCACGGAGAAGUUGGCGCAACUGAAGGUUCAAAUUGCCGCUCAGAAGGCUGCAAGGGAAGCCGCGGAUGCGGCAGCUAGAGCUGAGCAACAGAGCAGAGAACCAGAAGCAAUGGUGCCUACAAUACGGCAUGAGGAAGCACCGGUGGAAUUCCAAAAUUUCACUCAGCAAGAUCUCGACGAUGUCCAAGCAGUGCUUAAGCGGCCUGACGAGGACAUGGAAGAUGAUCUGGCCGCGAGACCAAUGCUCGGCAGUGGAGCUCCAGUCGACACUCCUUCUCCUGUGUCCACCACAAUCGUGGGAGCACCAACGUACAACCCCGAGUACUUCGCCAAAACCGGCGCCGCGGCAUCAGCAC